AUGGCGACGCCGGCAGAUCCAUUGCCGGCGCGUGUAACACAAAAUCACAAUCCUACAGGUAUUCCGAACAUGGAGAACGAAUCAACUCUACACAAAAUCAAUUAUGCGGAAGCAAUUCAAACUGUGCCCGAUCCGAGCCCUAAAAAGAAUCGCGAUAGAGAUCCAAAUGUUAAAGCUCGAUACGAUAGGCACGAUGGGAAGACUGCUGUUCUUUUCAAACCUACGGAAUUCUAUGGGGUAAUGGCUAAUGAAUAUUUUACUGUUGAGAGUGAUUGUAAGCCAGUGUGGUUUAAAAGAGCGAUUGAAAUAGCGGGUCAAAAUUACAUCAAGCAAAUUGUGGCUCCCCUGGGAACCCCGUUAAUGAUGGACCAGGCUACGGAAAACAGGACUCGACCGAGUAUGGCCAAAGUUAGAGUCGAGAUAGAUUUAACAAAACCAAAGAUUAAUUCGUUGUGGAUUGGGACAGAAGAUGAAUCUUACCCUCAUAAGGGAUUCACGCAGAAGCUGGAGUACGAGAAUCCCCCCAAGUUUUGCAUACACUGUAGAAUGUUGGGACACUCUAUUGCUCAAUGCAGAAGAGUUGAAAAGAAAAAAAAGGAAGAAAAGGCAGGGAAUGGAGAUGCAGGGAAAUCAACAGAGGUUGCAGAGGAAAGUGGUGUUAAGGAAGAUUGUGAUUUGGUAGAUAGCGAUAAUGUUGAGAAUGGACAAAAAGAAAACAGCAAAAAGAAGGAACAAACGGGGAACAAAACUACAGAUGGUAUAGAGGAAAAUGCAAAGGAGGCCACGGGUAAACAGAAUGGUAAAGAAAAAGUGGGAGACCAUGUGGUUGGAAGAGAUAUGGUUGAAAUUAAGCGCAAAACGUUGGCUCGAAUUCUGGCCAAAAACAAAAAGAAGAGAAAAGCUAAGAAGGGGCUUAAAAAGAAAACCAAGGUCACUGUGCAGGUUAGCAAGAGUCAACAGACUGAUAAUGAAAGGAAAAGUACCAAGCAAAAUCAGGAGAAUAGCAAUGAGGAGUAUCAAAAUGAAGUUCAGCAGGGUCACAGUAUUAAUCAAGAGGUGGUACAAGAUAAUGAGAAAGUGGCCAACAGUGACCAACAUGGUCCAGCCUUAAGGACAGAACCUUUAGAGGCCAAUCACCCCAGCACCGCGAGUAAAAAGAAUGAUCCUAGAGACAAAAAUGAUGAUAUGAGCACUAAUAAUCCGGGUAGCAACAAUGGAAAUGUGGGAAAAUAUGGUAAGAGGUCUUCAAGUCUAGACACGGUUAUGAGAAAUCAUAAAGGCAUUGAGUUGGUGGUGGAUCUUAACACGAAUCAAGAUUUCCUCCAGCGCAGCCGUGAGCAGGAGGAGUGUUCAGAAACGGAGGAUGAAAUAUCGGAUAGCCUGGCUGAUUUCAACAACACAGGGAUCAGUCAGGAGGCGGAGGAGGAACAUGUAGACUCUGAUGAAUCUGAUGGAACAAGUGUUGGUAAUGGAGGAGCUUAUGUUACAAUAGUGUAUGCCAAGUGCACUUCCCUUGAAAGACAAGAACUAUGGGAUGAUCUAACUGAUAUCUCAAAUCAGGUUCAAAGUGGUUGGUGCAUUGGAGGUGACUUUAACGUCAUUCUCGAGCCUUCUGAAAAAAUAGGUGGCAAGAUUCAUAGAGCUUACAAAAGCUUUGAUUUUGCUGCAUGUGUGAAUAGAUGCGGCUUGGAAGAUGCAGGAUUUGUUGGUUCAAACUACACCUGGUGCAACAAUAGAAGACCAGGGAAAAGGAUCUGGAAGAGGCUGGACAGAGUUAUCAUUAAUGAUAAUUGGCUCCAGAGGUUCAAUAAUGUUACGGUCAGACACCUUAGCACGACAGGCUCAGAUCAUAGGCCUCUUCUGUUAAAAUGUUAUGACAGUAAUACUAACGCUAUCAAACAUUUCAGAUUUCGUCAUUUUUGGGUGGAACAACCUGGUUUCAUGGAUUUGGUGGGGCAAGAUUGGCAAAUAAAAGUAAAAGGGAAUCCUAUGUGGAUUUUGCAACAGAAACUCAAAAGAUUGGGAAAAAGACUUUCUAAGUGGUCUAGAGAAGACAUUGGUGACAUUUUCCAGAAAGUGGAAGAAUGGGAAGCUACUCUACAACAGCUGGAAGAUGUUGAUGCAAUAGAUAAGAAUGAACAGUCUAGAACAGAGCUAAAUAAGGGUCAGGCUGAAUACGUUCAUUGGAUGGCUAUGCAAGAAGCUCUCCUCGAACAAAAAUCCCAAAUCAAAUGGUUUGAGGAGGGAGAUAGCAAUACAAGGUACUUUCAUAAUGUGAUCAAAGACAGAAGAAGAAGACUGCAGCUUCACAGGAUCAAGAAUAGUAAAGGGAAAUGGUUACACUCUGAUGAGAAGAUCUCAAAUUCGGCAAUUAGACAUUUUAAAAGGAUCUUCAAUCUACCCGAACCUGCUGUGGAUGACAAUAUUUUCUCCUGCGUUCCUAAAAUUAUCACUGAUGACGAUAACGUUAUGUUAUCUAAGAUCCCUAUAGAAGAAUAA